ACGAUUUUUUCAGAGCAGACCGUACUCUUUUCGUACUCGGAAUCGAAAAAAAACAUAAGCAUACCGUUUAAUAAUGAAUGCAUAAGAACGUUCGACGCGCGCCGAGACUGAGACCGAGACCGAGCAGAGAAACGCAUGAAUCGUGCGUGCGGCCAGCGAGUUGGUUACCUAUUUUUUUGACGUUUGCCCCGCGAGAGGAGGAGCUUUAAGUGCGUUGUCGUUGUCGUCUUGUUGUACCAACAUCGAAUUCGAAUCGUUAAAAGUGCGUGGAAAAGUGUACGAAACGAAACCAAUACACGGAAAGUGGGACAAACGGCAGCAACGGCGAGUGUCCGUGUCUCUGUGUGUGUGCCGUGCCGUGUGCCCGUCUGUGUGUGUGUGUGUCCGCUGCUGCUGGCACUGUGUGCGAGUGUGUGCGUGCGUGCCUCUGCCUGCCUCAGUGCUUCUGCUUCGAAAUCGAAACGAUUCACUCGAUUCAGAUCGAAAUGAAGUGAAAAAUCGCCUGAAAAACGCUUUAAACGCAACUGCAGUCAAAGUGCAUCGAAAUAUGAGCAUGAGUCGCGAAUUGUGCACGCAAAACCAAAUCAAAUCUACUCCAUCUUCUUUUGUCUGACUUCUGAGCGACGACUUUGCCGCAUGGCUGGCGGCCACUGGACAAUCGAAUAUAGCAAUGAAUGAUUUACGUCAGCAGCAGAUGGUAGCAGCGACAUCGUCAUCAGGAUCGGAAUCGGGAACGGGAACAGCGGUAGAAUCGGCAGCCGCCACGUCGACGGCGGGAUCAUCAGGAGCAGCAGGUCGCCCCCAGCCCAAUUGCAGUGCCACUAGCACCAGUAGCAACUCGGCCAAGCCAGUGGCCACAGCGAGCAGCUCGAGCGAGGAGGAGCAGCGUGUUAGCUCCACAUCGUCGCCAGCCCAGCGGGAUCAGCAGCUGAAUGCGGAUCGGGAUCGGAAUCAGGAGCAGGAUCAGGAGCAGGAGCCACAGCAGCAGGAGGCACUGCAUCACAAUCAGCCCGGCCAUAUAACCAGCACCACAGCGUCGCCUCCGCCGACGCAACCGCCGCCGACGACGCCGUGCGACGAUGCCCCAAGCACAACUGGAGCAUCUGCAUCAUCGGCCAGCAGCAGCUCAGCAUCCGGAGAAGCAGGCGAAGCAGCAAUGGCUGCCACGGCGCUCGAGGUAGAGGGCGGUGAGGAGCGUAUAAUCCUGAAGCUAUCCAAGCACUCCUCCUCUUCGUCCUCCUCCAAUCCCAACUCAAACCCAAAUGAAUCUCAGACGGCGGGAGGCGAUGAGAGGCGCGUGGAGCCGCUGCGCAUCCAGUUGCCCAGCGGAGGAGGAGCUGGAGUCGCCGAAGGAGGCUUGGCCGAUCCCGAUGCCUCCUCCUGCUCCUCCUCCUGCGCCGAGGACGAAGUAUCCGUGGCCAGCACUUUGGGCCAACAGCUGCGCAACACACCGCACAUAGUGCCAAAGCUGACGAUUCGCGCGGCGAACGAGAGGCGCGUGGGUAGCGUGGUGCCCAAGCUGACCAUCAAGCUGCCCGAGAAUCCAGCAGCUGCCUCUGGUUCCUCCUCCGCAGCCUGCUCGUCGUCUGCUAUCCAGUCAUCAGCAGCUGGAGGAGCAGCAUUGCCCGCCAAGAACGAUGCCCACCUGUCCAGCCUGUCGCCCGCCUCCGCCUCGUCCUCAUCUGCCUCGUCCUCCUCCUCCUCGUCAUCGUCUUCCUCGCUGGCGAUGGAGAUGCAGCAGACGGUGCCCAAGCUGAUGAUCAAGACCACGCUGGCCGGCAGCAGCUGCAUAAGCAGCAGCGAGGAGCACCAGCAGCAGAUACCAAAGUUAACCAUCAAGACGGGUGGCGAUAUGCAUACGGUCAUUAUGACGCACGAUCUGAAUAAUGCACAGAGCAUACCGAAGCUUACGAUUAAAACCAAGUCCAUUGAGCUGCUGGAAGAGGAGCAGCAGCCGCCGCAGCAGCAGCAGCAGCCUUUGCCCAAGCUGACCAUCAAGAACUUGUGCUCUCCCAAGCACAAAGUGCGUGCGGUGCUCGAGGAGAAGCCCCUAACAGCGGUGGUGGUAUCCUCCAAGCUGGCGAAACCCACAGCCAAUUCCACGAUGACAAAUGGCGGCGAGUCGAACAGCAGCAGUCAGGAAUUCUGCGGAUUCUCUGAGCCGGAGGCGGCGGAAGAAGGACGCCGCAAUUCGGACGACAUGGUGAUUGAUGAUUCGCUGGCCAAGGAGCCCAAGAUCUUUCUUUCCGCCGCUGCAAAUGGAAUGACAGGGAAACCAGUGCAGCCGCAGCAUAAUGUAGUGGAUAUGGUGGACCUGACAUCGUCUCCAUCGCCAGGAUCUUCGCCAGCCCAUGUUGCGAAUAACUAUCCAAACAACCUGCUACUCGAGUGCGCUUCUGGUGACCCAGUUGGAGGAGCAACUGCCGCCGCUGCCUCGUCGCCUGCCGCCAAUUCGAACAUCCUGCUUAGUCAGCUAACAGCUCCAGCUAAAAGCUUCACCACUGCACCACCGCUCAAGAGCAAAUCUAGCAAGUAUCCUCAGCUAACGGAGCGCCUGAUGGCCAAUGGAGGAGUAGCCCCUGGAGGAGGAGCAACGGGCGAGCAACCCUUGGUCAGUGGGAAUUCCGCGCCACAGCAAUCCAUUAUCGAGUCCAUCGAGAUCCUGGAUUCACCCGAUCGCAGUCCCUUGAUUGCCUACAUGGAAGAGGAGGAGGAGGAGGAGGUCGUUCACCUCAAUAACCAUCAUCAAAGCAACCACAAAGAUGAUCAGCAUUUGGAGGAGUUGGAGAACAACAACGAGAAUCACUUGAAGCGCACGAGCAGCGGGGAAAACGAAUCUCCCAGUAGUGGCAUCCCUCCCAGCAAACAGAGACGUCUGGACAACGAUGAGAACGACCAGCAGACGCAGAAUUGUCACGAUCCUGCGAGAAAGUGCAGUCCCGGUGAUUCGCAGCUGCCGCCGUCGCAUCGCUCGCGCAAACAGAAGCACGAACGCAUCCUGAACACAGACCUGGAGGAUGCCCUCUUUCCACAACAGCAGGCGAUUUCUACGCCGGAUCAGAAUGGAGCAGGAGCAACGGCGAUUGAAGUGGAUAGAGAGGAGGUUAAGGUACAGGAUCCACUUGACCAGCCGAACACUCCGCUCCCUCCAAUAGUAGCUACACCUGUGCCCACCACAGGCAAGAAGCGGGGACGCCCGAAAAGGAUCCAAAAUCAAUCCGCAGCCGCCGAGUCUGCGGGAGUUACUCCUAAACCUGGAACGCCACAGGAGGAGGCCAGCAGCGCCGUAAAAUCGCGACGCGUGCAGUUGCUGCGCAAGCGACUGGCCAUCGAUAUGGUAGAGCAAACGGAUGCGGCGGUUAAGGGCACAACGUCAUCCGUAGCCGAUGGGCCAAAUGCCAGGAUAGAUGAAGAACUACCUGGUGCUGCUCCCGAGACUCCCAAGAGUCGCGAUCACCGCCAGCUGAGGGCCACGCGGCGCACGACGACGCACAAUGCCAGUCCGAACCAGCAGCCCACUCCCAAGUCCACGCGGAAGCGACAGAGCAAGGCCAGUAGUGCCCAGCAGCAGCAGCCGCCGAGUCCAGAGGCAGAGUCCAAUAAUAACAAUAACAGUAGUAGCAUGUCCUUUGCCCUGACUGCCCAGAUUGACCUGACCAUGUGCUCGUCCAGCUCAUCGACGUCCUCGGGCGCUGCUGCCAACCAUCAGCAGGUGAUCGGUGGCAGUGGCAGCAGUUCGAUGCUGCCACCAACGACCAUUUUGUCCUCAUCGGACCCUCUGCCCGAUGUCAUCUUCCAGCCAAAUGAUUUCUCCUCGAUCAUGGCCACCCAGCAGUUGCGCUCGCCGCGACCCUCGAGCAUCAGCGGUGGCAGUGCCGGCGGCGGCAGUCAGCCGGAUUCGCACGAUGAGGAUAACUAUAAUAGUGCGUUGGACAAUUCCGGAGAUGAAUCCGUUGCAACGUUACCAAUGCUUUCCAUGGCCACGCCAACGCCACGGGGACGCGGACGUGGCCGGGGAUCCAGGGGAGGCCGCAGCAGAGGAGGCUCUUCCUCGGCAGAUCGAGCGUCCAGCGCCGGAGGCAUCGCCGCGACGACGCCAAACACGCAGCCAAGGGCGCCGCGGAUGAGCCGCGGGGCAAGCGCCGUGGCCAAGGCCAUCGCCAUGAGUCGACCGCGCUGCGUUGGCGGCCUGAAGCACCAGCCCGAUCCGGAGAGGCUCAAAGGCCUGUUCAGUCCGUCCCCGCAAGUGUUCGAGGAGGACACGCGCAUGAGCGCGGAUCUAAGCAACAGCAGUCAGUCGAUGGCCAGCCUAAUGGAACCUCCGCUAACGCCGCAGAAGCAACCCGACUUCCUCAACAACGAGGAGUCACAGUCGUCCAUGGUGAGCAAUGUAAGCAUGCUCGAUUCCAACCAGGGUCAAUCUGUCGAUGCGAUUCUGGGCUCCGCGGCCAAACGUCCAAAGAAGAAAAAGAUGGAAAUUUGCGUGGCCGAAGACACGGACUACAGCGCUUCCAGCAUUGCCGAGUACGACUGGCCGCCGCCCAAAGGCUGUUGUCCUUCGAAGAACCGCGACACCUUUAUGAUCCAGGAGCAGGUGGCCCUCUAUUUGGGCAUCACCAGCUUCAAGCGCAAAUAUCCGGAUCUGCCGCGCCGCGCCGUCGACAUGGAGGAGCGCAAUUGGCUGCAGGAGAAGGGGCUGGUCAGCGAGCGAAUGUGCGACCUGGGCAUUACCGCCGUGUGGGCCUCCGACAUCCUGGACAUUAUGUACGCCGACUUUUACGACAAGUACGAGGAGUACAAGGAGUACAUUCGCCUGAAGCACUUGCGCGAGAUCGAGGCCAAGCAAAAGGCUCUGGGAUUGACUGUGGGCGCAGGACGUGGCCUCCAGGCGCGUGACCGUGCGAUGCUCUCGACUAGCAAGUGGAACGUAUACUUCAACAAGACCCGCAAGGACGAGCGGCAGGCCUGCAUGGAUCUGCAGACAUUCACGGUGAAUCAGCCGCUGCCGAAGACGGCGCCCCUCGCCACCUGCCUACAGCGCUCCCUGGCGAAUGUGGUGCGGGAAGCGGCGGAAGCGGAGAAUAUGCCGGUGCCGCCUGAUCUUCUGAAACCCCGCGUCUACGACGAGGCCUUCCGCAACCCGGACUACGCCUAUCCACUUGCAUUGGUGCCGGAUCAGUUCGCCUUGGGCUACCGCGAGUUCGAUCCCGCUGAGUUAAGAGCCUAUCCACUGGAAACGGCGCUGGACACGCCACCGGAAGAUCUGUUGCACCUCAUCCAGGGCAACAACAACAAUGGUGAAGAGGAAAUCAAAACAAAGGAUGUGGCGGAGGAACAAGAGGCAACUGCUGCGAGCGGGAGCAAAUCCGAUCAAACGGUAGCGGCGGCGGCUCCAGUUCGACGCAGCAGAAGAUCGGCCAGGCAGCAUACGGAUAAGGUGCGCACGGCCAGCAACUCGAGCACAUCCUCCGCGCAGUCGCACUCCUCCGCGUCCAGCGGCAAUGGCAGCAGCAGUGAUACGGACAGCGACGAUGAGAGCGACUUUAGCAGCAGCUCGAGUUGUAGCAGUUCAACCGGAGCCUCGAGUGGCAGCGAGGAUGAGGAUGGAAGCAGGCUGUCCAACUGUGGUGUCUGCCAGCGCAGCCAGCACCGCAAUGCCAGGAACGUCCCGGAGGCCUUUAUUCGCUGCUACAGCUGCCGAAGGCGCGUCCAUCCCAGCUGCAUUGAGAUGCCCCAGCGAAUGCUGGGUCGCGCGAGGAACUACAACUGGCAGUGCGCCGAUUGCAAGUGCUGCAUCAAGUGCAAGAGCAGUCAGCGGCCAGGAAAGAUGCUCUACUGCGAGCAGUGCGACCGAGGCUACCACAUCUACUGCCUGGGCCUCAAAACGGUGCCGGAUGGACGCUGGAGCUGUGAACGCUGCUGUGUGUGCAUGCGAUGCGGAGCCACUCGGCCGGAGGGUCAGCCCCAGGUGGCCGCCGCCCUGUCACCGAAAACUGCGGCGGCGUCGCGCAGCAAACGCUUGAAAUGGGUGAAUGAGUACCAAGUGGACUACUUGACGAAGCAGCGGGAGCAUGCCGCCAUGUACUGUGUACCCUGUGCGCGGACCAAGCCCGCCGCCAAGCGCCAGCAGACGAAUGUGAUAGCAGCAGCAGCAGCGGCGACCGUAGUCACAGCUACGGCGACAGUCCUGCCCUCCGUUUCGGAAGCCAUGGUCGCCAGUCCGAUUGCGAGCCCCGGUUUAACAACCAAUGGAGAUUGUGCUCUCUCACCGGCGGCAGCGGCGGCGCCACUGAGUCCAAAGGCAGCCGUUUUGGAGGCGACGACGGCGGUGAACAACUCGACAAACAUUGCGGGAACGAUGAGCAGGCAGCGGCAGUCGGUCAAUAUCACAACGAUGCAGUGCAGCAGCAGCAGCAGUAGCAGUUGCGUCAUCGAGGAUGCGGCGCCCGCAACGGGAGCGGCGGCUACAGGAGGAGCAGGAGGAGGCGGUGGAGCACCGACUGCCACGACUCCCAUUGGCAUAGCUCCGCCGCCGGUUGUUGCCUGAGUGGGGGUCAUACGUUAUUGUGCCAAGCGCACUCUAACGGACUUAUAGUAAGCGCCGGACGCGCCGCCCAUCCCAAAAACACACAGAUGCAUAGUAUUAAUGAAUGCGAAAACACAGAGGAGCAAAAGGAGGAGGAGCAGCAACUAUUUAAGAAACGUUUUUUUUUUAUACUAUGAUUAUUCUUAUUAUUGUCAGUACAUCGUAUUGCAAAUGUUUUAUAUACAUAAAUAUGAAUAUUCCUAUUAUAGUUAUGUUACUUAACUUUGCUAAUGUUAACGUUAACAACCAAACCGAACCACAUGAAAAAGAACACACACAUGACAAGCACCCCAAAAAACACCAAGUAGACCGAUGCUUAAGUUGAAUAGCCUAGCUUUUAAGUCACAACUUCAUUUUCUGUUUCUAGAGAAUUCAUUUCGACUAUAUAUUUCAGUUUUUAAUGGGAUAGUCCAUGGAGGCCUGGUUGCGCUAAAUGUUCCGUGUUACUCGUUUACUUUUCAAUCGAAAUAGCGUCUAUUUCUCAGCCUCUGAAU